ACGAGAUGUGUGCUAUAUUGUGUUUUAUAAACACGCCGUGAGUCUUUGCUGAUGGGUUUCAUAAGUGUGCUGUGUCAAGUUCAGUCUGAAAGGUUUUGCGAAAAAUUACUGAAGAAUUUUUGCAACAAUUGCUUGCUUUAUAUCAGUGCGGAAUGACUACUGUGUCGCAAGAAAAUUAGGGGAGGAGUUUGCAAGGGCAAGCCUCGGAAAGGUGGGAGUUGAAUACAAGUAUUUGCAAUUUGGAGUAGAGAAAACAGCAAGUCUUCUGCAGAGGACAUCUUUAAUUUCUAAAGCUUGGAAAUGACACUGCUGAGCCUCACCACAGGGUUUCUGCUGUGGAUGUGUUGUGCUAUACAUAAAGCUUCUGCAGGAGCAGCAUGUGAAGACCCACCUCUCAUUGAGUUUGGCAAAAUUGUUAGUGGCGUUAAAUCAGGAUAUGAGGAAAAUGACAGAGUGCAAUACACAUGCAACCCUGGAUACGCUUUAUCAGGAUCAGAAUGGGUAACAUGCCAUGGAAAAGUCUGGAUGCCUGGACCACCUCAGUGUUUGGAAAUAUCAUGUGGAAGGAUUCCAGCAGUUGCCAAUGCUGCAUAUGAAGGCAGGAGCAAGGAGAAGUAUGAGCCUGGUGAAACAAUUCGCUACCAGUGUCAUGAAGGAUUUCAGGUCACUGGUCCCCCUGAAAUUUUUUGCAGAAGGGGAAAUUGGUCAACACCACCAUUUUGUGAAGACGUCAGCUGUGGAGCCCCACCUGAAGUUCUCAAUGCUCAUAUUACCAGCACUCAACAGCAGAGGUAUCUGCCUGGUGCCAAAGUGCAUUAUGAAUGUGAAAGCAAUUCUCAAAUUAUGGGUGUAAAUUAUGUCACUUGUUCAGAUGGACACUGGACAAAAGUGCCAAGUUGCAGAGAUGGGACGUGUGAACCUCCUCCAGAAAUUGCUGGUGGAAAAGUUCAAGGUGUUAAAAAGCCAAGGUAUUUGCCUGGGGAGACAGCUCACUAUCAGUGCUGGCAAGAUUUUCAGAUGACGGGGGCUUCCACCGUAACAUGUCAGAAUGGGACCUGGACAGAGCUGCCCCAGUGCAAAGGGGAAGGUGGAAAAUGUGGCCCACCUCCAGAUAUUGAAAAUGGAGACAUCCUUUCCUUCCAGUUGAAACAAUACCCCCAAGGUGCAACUCUGAAAUACAAAUGUGCAAGUUUCUACGUCCUGAAAGGACCUGAGCAAAUCACUUGUACUGACGGGCAGUGGACAAAUCCCCCAGUUUGCUUGGCGGCUUGUACGACAUCUGAAGAAGAUAUGGACAGAAACAACAUUGAGCUGAGAUGGACUGGAGAAAGGAAGCUGUAUUUAAAAUCGGGCGAUUUUGUUGAAUUUGAUUGUAAAAUAGGAUAUGUGCAGGACCCAGCAUCUUCCCCAUUCAGAGUGCAGUGUAUGGACGGGACGUUAGAAUACCCACGGUGCAAGCCAGGAAAGGACUGUACAGUGCUUGAGAUGGCUAUGGAGAGGAACAAUAUUAAACUCAGACAGUCAAGGAGAAGAUCUUACACAUAUCGCUCUGAGGAGUAUAUUUUGUUUACGUGCAAGAUUUCCUACCGGGAAGUUUCGAACCCAGAGGAUUUUAAUGCACAGUGCCAGGAUGGAGUGAUUAACUAUCCCAGAUGUGAAUAUGGGACGUGUGAACCUCCUCCAGAAAUUGCUGGUGGAAAAGUUCAAGGUGUUAAAAAGCCAAGGUAUUUGCCUGGGGAGACAGCUCACUAUCAGUGCUGGCAAGAUUUUCAGAUGACGGGGGCUUCCACCGUAACAUGUCAGAAUGGGACCUGGACAGAGCUGCCCCAGUGCAAAGGGAAGGGUAGAAAAUGUGGCCCACCUCCAGAUAUUGAAAACGGAGACAUCCUUUCCUUCCCAUUGCCAGAAUAUGACCAAGGUCAAACUGUGAAAUACACAUGUGCAAGUUUCUACGUCCUGAAAGGACCUGAGCAAAUCACUUGUACUGACGGGCAGUGGACAAAUCCCCCAGUUUGCUUGGGUAGGUGGAAGCUCGUGCUGCGUGGCCAAGAGCUGUGUGAGCUGCUCGUUGUCUUUUUCUCAGGCCCUGCGGGCGCUUCACUUGUGAAGCAGCACUUGUGCUGGGCUGCGACGCUGACAGGGCAGAACAGCAGCUGGUGCUUCUCCUGUGCAGAAGGAAUUUCCUCUGGAGGUCAGCUCGUGUAG